AUGAACUCAUUUUGCAAAUUGGAGUAUGAUCAAGUAUUUGGCAAAGAAGAUCACUCAUUUUCAUUUCUAAACCACUCAUCACUUUACUCUCAUCAAAGCGACUUAGCGAAUCUUUUCUUCGGCUUAGAAGAUGACUUUCCUCCUUCUGCCUCAAGCUUUCUGGCUUUACCUGAUUAUCUUCCUUCUGCCUCAAGCUUUCUGGCUUUACCUGAUCUUGAUCCUAUCUCCAUCGUAUCUCUUGACGCAGAUUUACGUAGUGGGUACGGUUCUGUUUCAUGGACCGAAGAAGAGUCGAUGCUCGAUCUUGAUUUGGAGAAAAAGAGUGAAACCAUCUCCAACAAGAAGAGGAGAUGCAGAGAAGAAUGUGUUUCUAGCUGCUCUGUUUCGAAGACAUUGUCGAAAGAAAUCAUCUCAUUGUACUUCUACAUGCCCAUAACUCAAGCGGCUAAAGAACUUAACAUUGGUUUAACUCUUUUGAAGAAGAGAUGUCGCGAAUUGGGUAUUCAACGCUGGCCUCAUCGUAAGCUCAUGAGCCUACAAAAACUCAUCAGUAAUGUCAAGGAGCUGCAGAAGAUGGAAGGGGAAGAAAACGAAGACAAGCUAAGAAACGCUUUGGAAAAGCUCGAGAAGGAGAAGGAAACGAUUGAGAAGUUACCAGAUUUGAAGUUUGAGGAUAAGACUAAGAGAUUAAGACAAGCUUGUUUCAAGGCUAACCAUAAGAGGAAGAGAAGACAUGGCAUGUCCACGUCCUUCACAUCAUCAUCUUCUUCUUCCUCUGUUUCGGGUUUGAGUGAUAGUUGA